UUAGUAGAUCUAUUAACAGUUAUUACUUCAGAAGCAAAUGAUGAAGUUGCUUGUUACUAAGAGUCUUUUGAGCAACCUCAUUUGUGCUGACCAGAAGAACUACUUACAUAGGAUGAUUUUAGUAUUUUUAACUGAACUUUAACAAUGAACGUGCUAAGGAGACUACAUUGCCUCAGGAAAUAGAAUGACCAAUAAGUUUGAUUUUAAGUAGCAAACGUGGCAUGCUGUGUAUAUUUUUGUGCUGCCAUUUGCAACUGGAAUUGAUUAACAACUUGUCACUGUCGGGAAAAACUUCACUAAACCCAUUUGUAUGUGCUACCAUGCAAAGCACUGCAAACAAAUGGUGUUAUAGUAUGAAAUGUCAAGAUUUGGGUAAAACAUUUUAAAGUCUCAUGCUUUGUAGAGAUUAGUCUCCAUUUUUUUUUUUCAAGAAAUUAUUCACCUUAAUUAUAGUGCGACGCUGCAGGGAUAUCUGUAUCCCUGUCGCUGCUGGGAUUGUCACUUAAUAGAGCAUUCAUAAACAGUUUCCCAAUGUAUUUUUAGUGUUCAUGGGGCUUCCAAGAUUACAUCAUUCUUUGUCUAGUGUCCAUUUCAGUUUGCAUCCAGGAUUCUCUUUCAAAAUAGGAUUAUGCUAUGUGAUUCCAAUACACCAGACAACUUGGAAGACAUUAGUCAACAGCGGUCUUAUCCAAACAAAUAAGACCUUCAAAGGAGAAGCAUCAGAAUGCUUCAAUUAACUGGGGAAAUUGAGAAGAAUUUUGAAGUGUCAGAAAAUAUCCGAAGGCCUGGACUGUGGAAAGAGAUCUCUUUUGGGGAUUACAUUUGUCACACAUUUCAGGGAGACUGCUGGGCUGAUCGAUCCCCGCUCCAUGAAGCUGCAGCUCAGGGACGCUUACUGGCCCUUAAAACUUUAAUUGCACAAGGUGUCAAUGUGAACCUUGUGACAAUUAACCGGGUCUCUUCUCUUCAUGAGGCAUGCCUUGGAGGUCACGUGGCCUGUGCUAAAGCCUUGUUGGAAAAUGGUGCCCACGUCAAUGGAGUGACGGUUCAUGGAGCCACACCUCUCUUCAAUGCAUGCCGUAGUGGCAGCAUCGCAUGUGUCAAUGUGCUGCUGGAGUUCGGAGCCCACCCCCAGCUCGAGGUGCACUUGUCCUCACCCAUCCAUGAGGCAGUGAAGAGAGGUCACAGAGCAUGCAUGGAGAUUCUGCUGGCAAAGAAUGUUAACAUUGACCAGGAGGUGCCUCAGCUCGGAACUCCCCUGUAUGUGGCCUGCACCUACCAGAGGGUAGACUGUGUGAAGAAACUUCUGGAAUUAGGAGCCAGUGUUGAUCACGGCCAAUGGCUAGACACCCCCCUGCACGCGGCAGCGAGGCAGUCCAGCGUGGAGGUCAUCCGCCUGCUAACUGACUAUGGGGCUAACCUGAAGCUCAGAAAUGCUCAGGGCAAAAGUGCACUUGAUCUGGCAGCUCCGAAAAGCAGUGUGGAGCAGGCGCUUCUGCUCCGUGAAGGCCCGCCUGCUCUUUCCCAGCUCUGCCGCCUGUGUGUCCGGAAGUGCCUGGGCCGAGCAUGUCAUCAAGUGGUCCACAAGCUGUGUCUGCCAGAGCCACUCGAAAGAUUCCUCCUAUACCAAUAAUCCUAAUUGUUCCUGGGAAAAUACUUGGAAACAGGUUGUUGUCUGCGUCCCAGGGUACCUAGUGGAGAUGCUAUAUCUUUUUUUUUU